CAGAUUGAUGCGAAUGAGGGACUGUUCUUAUUACUGCUGGGUCGCAUAUGACCUUUGACGAAAAUGCAAGCUUUUGGUAUGUUACUGCUUUCUCUAACAUUUCUCCUUUCUUCCCCAUGAUUCGCCGGUGCGAUGACCUCAUUGGCUUUACCAUUCUGCUAAUCGCGACACAUGCAGUCCCAAAAAACAGAAGGCCUAGGUUUGAGUUAGUUCUUCGAAUUAUCGACCUGAACAAUAUUCCUCUCGUUAGCGGAGCCGCAUAUAUAAAAUGGCGGUUACCCUCUUCAAAUGCCAAUGAGCAUCAUGGGACAACCGACAAAUCGCUCAUCCAUGAGCAUAAAGCAUCUUGGCACUAUGAACGGACUGUGCAAGUCAGGAUGACGAUCGAGCGCGACCAAACCCUCCAUGAAUGCGAAAUCCAAUUUGAAGUUAUACAAGAAUUUUCAUCUGGUGCUCAUGCUGAGAAGAAUCUUCUGGGGAGGGUGAAACUCAAUUUAUGCGAGUAUGUAGACAAAAGCGAUGACGACGAGGGUAUCAUCCGCCGAUACUUGAUGCAGGACAGCAAGAUAAAUAGCACACUGAAAAUUGGCAUAUCUGUGCAACAAAUAGAAGGAGAUCGCAACUUCACGACUCCGCCAUUAAAAUCCGCUAUGGCUUUCGGUGGGAUAACAGGCGUCGUGGCUUCUGAGCAGGCCGAGGCUGAUGACUCGGGCCAGCCACCUUUGAUCAACACCCAGAGUCGAGAGGUCGCUGAUAUGCAAGAGAUGUACCGACGCACAUUGGCGGCCUCCUGGACUUCUCGCGCGGACGACCUACCCGCGGAUAAAUUAAUUGAAGGGCUAUUCUCUGGAAGUAUCUGCCGGAGCGACUCACGAGAUCCUGACUCCAUGCAAUCUGAGGGUUAUCAUGAUGAACGCCCUUCACAUCGUGGUGCAGGCACCACUAACCAGACCGGAACGCGCAACCUUCUCUCUCCGGGGUUUGAAAGGCGCGCAAAGAGUGCGAGCCGCUCAAAUGCAAACCAGACGCUAGAAUUUGCUCCAGCGAUUGAACACAACCGAAAGAACGGAAGCAUUGAGCACCAGCUCUAUGAUAAUGCCAAGGGCAAGACUUGGAGAAAUCGUAGUACAGAACAUGAACUGUCGGAGUUCGACGUUCGUGAGAAUUUACGGAGCUGGGAAGUUAACCUGUCUUGCCUAGGUCGCCCAUUCCCAAUGCUUUCUCAAUCAGCUAUAAAGGCGGGGGGCCUUAUAAACCGUCAAUUACUCUCAGCAUGUCGGCCACACGCUGCUUGCGCCUCAUUAACCCAACGUGGGCAUUAUCUUGUUCGAUACCAGAAUACGGCCAGCAAUUCCAGCGACGACACACACCAUGACCAACACCAUGAUCGCUCGAGCCGCCAUCGCGAAUCCGACCGAAAGCGGAAUAGGAGAAAGUUUGGAAAUAAAAGUCGGAGAGUCGAACUUGAAUAUUCCUCCCUUGGAAAGCCGGGUGAAGUCCUUGUCGUGCGGGAGAAACCUCGCCGACAGCCUCCGCUCAAAGCAUCAUCCGAGGAAGAAGCAGGCGAACUUCCGAUCAUGCUGAGCGAGCUCCAACCAGAUACAUCUUAUUCCGAUAGCGCAGUGAUAGCUGAACGGAUUGAAAGCUUUCUCGCGCCGCAUCGACCACGAGAACAGUUGGCGCCACCCGAUUGGGAGGAUCUCCGAAGCAGGCUUCGGCCUUCUUUUACGGCUCCCCAACUCUCCAAGUAUAUUUCUACAACAUUGAAAGCACGAAAUGAUGGUGCUGAAGGAAGUCCAGCACAUCUUGAACACUGGGAUGCAGAGUGGAAACCUGGCACUUCACUUUACCUAGAGACAGGACCGGCAUCCCAAGAAACAAUCGCCGAUAGGAUUGCCGCGUCCCGGGCUCUCAAAGGCAAGGACCUUUUGAUUGAGCAAGUUCUCCGUGAUUGUUGGCAGCUUGGGCAGGCGGGCGAAAUUGGACAACUCGAUAUCCGCCUUCCCACUUAUUCCUUGACCCUGCUUACAGGUUCGAACUAUUUUUCGUUUGAAGAGCUGGCUAAUAUACACGAAACGACAAUCGAUGUAACACAUUCUUUGGGACUUGUAAGGGUCACCGGAAAGCAACGCCCGUGUGAGUCGAUCCGUGAGAUCAUCAAUGAUUAUACGAAAAGGAUACAAGCAGUUGAGCUCGGCCUCCCGUCUCCAGACAACGAGAAUACUAAAAUUUUUGCUGAGGCGCUUAGCCCUGGCUUUAUUUCCUGGGUUGAGACUACAUAUAAAGUUUCCUUUGAGUUGGAUUCAUUACAGUUCCCCAGUCGGAUGCAUGUCCUUCCCGAAAACGAAAGGAAUGUGGAAGAUGCUCGAAGAACCUUGCACCUAGCUUUCAACAAAGCCGCUUCACCCUCUGCGCCAUUCAGCACUUAUUUCCCUGCUUCAAAGCUCUCGGGAAUGCAUGAUGUCGAUCUUGGAGAGGCUGCCCCCUGGCAGGUUCGGGAGAAGCCAUGGUUUCGAUGGCAGACACCUGAGAGCGAAAGAUUGCCGAUCCUACCUGGUUAUCUUCUACAUGAGGGGCAAUCCGAGCUUUGUAAAGAACUACUUACUUUCCUUCGACGACAACCCUCUUGGAGUGCGAAAUUUGGAACCGCUAUUGAAGUCCGCGAAUCAAUAACAGCAACGCUUGGUCAAUGUCUCUUUCUCCGCAAGCCAACUAUCGAAAAAGGCCAGGCCAGCGCGUCUCAGUUAGGUCAAAUGUCUCUUGAACGGACCUUUGUUAGUGAUGUACCUCGAGUUUCACGGCUUCUUGGUAAAUUGGCGCCAAAGCGUGUUGAGUCAACCUCUUAUCGCAUUCGGCUGGUGCCAUCGGCACUCCAUACAAACAUAUUCCCAUCCCUCGAGCUAGAGUUCACUCACCCACCCAAAAAUAUACGCAAACACCAAAAUGAAUUAGUCAUUAGUGGUGCACAAGUGAACUUGAUGGAAAACAGUGUCGACCACUUACUACCAGAGAGCAUCGCGGACAUUCGGUUCACAAGAAAGUUGACCCAUGACCUUUUAACUGGACCCCAUGGGGUUUCUUUUCUUGACUCUGUCCUUGAAGACGUGCAACUUGAACUCAAAGAAAGCAGAACGAGUAAUAGGGAUAUUCCUCUACCAGCAUUCACAACAUUAAAUAUACCAAACUACCUUCUACAGCAAGACAGUGAGGAGGUAGGCAUGACUGCAUGCACUAAGGCUGAAUAUGUUUACCAGCCGGUAAAUGAUGUUCAAGGGACACUUGUGAACCAGUAUGAUGUCCGUGAUUGGCGGCUCUUCCAUGCUUCUUACGACGGUGGGCCGUAUGAAGCCCAUUCGACGACGGAUCUCUACCUGCAAACAACCUCAGAGCCUCGCUACAUUGAUGAAAUCCACCCCGGCAAGUCUGUUUCAUCGCGCCGGCAGAUUGGUAAACAUUUUGUUUUAUUUUACAACGUCGCCUGCGACAUGGUUUCUGGCCUGGAAUUAGAUGCAGAAGAGCGUGCGGUAGCUGGAAUGAGGGUAUAAGGAGAUAGGCUGGUGAGCAUAAUUGGAUUUUGGUAUAGAUAGGUGCGCAUUUAUCCUAAGAAGCGAUGUAUAUAUACUGCAUUUUAACGUUGUAAAAAGGAACUACUUAAUACCACCACACUUUAUAAAGUACAUAAACUGAG